UCGAUUGACAAGGAUGCCGGAGGAAGACACUCGUUAUAAAAGACUUUUUGAACAACUAACGCUUGGUGUUUUAAAGACAUUGGAUAAGCGACCAGGCAUUACAGGUGUAGUAUUUGAUCAGAAACCCCCUGCAGAAACUACAGAACUUAUAGGAUGGGAUCAGCGAUGUUCCUGCUUCCUGCCAGAUGAUUUGAAGUGUUUUUAUCUUACAAACAAUGGCAUGAAGUUAACAUGGAAAACAAAAGUUGGAGACACAUUAAUUCCUCUUGGGAAAAUGGAAAUAAAUCCCAUAAGCAGUUUAAACAGAUUUGGUGGAAUAGUUGGCAACAGUAGUCCAGCAAUGCCCUCUUUAGCUGACCUGGAAGCUGAAUCGGAGGAAGAAGAUGAUCCAAUCCAUCCCAAACCCCAUUUUGACCAGAGAGCAAGAAUCUUUGAACUGGAUUCCUGUGAUGGUCAUGGAAAGGUGUGCCUUGUUUAUAAAUGUGCCAAACCAGGAGUGCCAACACAUAACCCUGAAGUGUGGUUCAUGGACCGUUCCCUGCAGUGGCAUUUUUUGGCAGAGAGCUUUACUUCAUACUACAGACUAAUGCUCACACAUUUAGGUCUGCCACAAUGGCAGUAUGCAUUUACAGAUAUGGGCUUGCCACCACAAGCUAAGCAAUGGUUCAACGUGUUUGCUCCAGAGCGUCUUCAGCUGGACAGUAAUUUUGUAACGCAGCCUGCACCAUCUGAUAGUCAAGAGUCUCAAGUAAUACAACUAGAUGUUGGCAAAGUUUUUAGAGGGAAAUCAGAUAAAAAGAAACCAGCUCCUACAGCAAGUCAGGCUGGAGCAGCUAAACAGGGAGCUCCCCAGAGAAAAGGAGCAGUUUCCUCUGCAAAGUCUCAGCCGUCCAGUAGUUCAAGAGGAGCAAGUCUUAUAUCACAGGCACUUUCUAAAUCAGCUAGUCAAAGGUAGCAAGAGAGGAAACAUCGGAUAGGGACAUCUAGGUGACAUCAAGCAUACAAAUAAGUGUGCUUUGUACAUUCCUCCCAGGUUUUUCUCAAGCAUUACUUGAAAUUUUGUCUGUCUCUUCUGUCUUGAAGAUGGAUUAUCAGCGGAAAGUGGGUUGCAGUUGUAGAAAGGAAUUGCUAGAGAAAAACAAUUUUUUAAAAAUUUCUUUUGUGGUAUGGUGACAGAUUUUGGCACAUAAAAGUGUGAUGUUACAAUCAAAAUUAUUUAUUUCAGAUUUAAACCUUUUUUUACUCUAAUAUUUCUAGCUACACAAAUUUGAUAUUUGAGAUCAGCUGCAAAACUUAAUUACCACCUUUGCAGUGUUCCACUUCACCAGCUGGAGCUGAACAGGCCAGGCAUGUCCAUUACAGACUCACCUUGAUUCACAGUUGGAGUCUUUUUUUUUUUUUUGUGCAAAUCUUUAAAUAACUGUGGCAAGAUAAUUACAUAAUCUUUGGAAAAAUGAAACAUUCCAGAACCCAUUGAUACAAAAAGUAAAGUGCUUUAUCCAUGAACAAUUAUAUGUUUGGUUGCUUGUUGUUCAAGCUGACUUUAAUCAGUAUGGCAAUUGUUUUGUGUAUAUAAAUAUGCUCUUUAUGUCAAAUGCAAGUUAAAAUAUACUUUAU